AUCUUUUGUAUUUCGCCGUAUAUAAACGUGCGUUAGCGGACACCGGUAAGCCAUAAGACGCCUUCAAGUCUAGCUGGCUGUUACAAACGAGAGUGGAUAUUGAAGUUGUGGCAACUCGCAUAGAAAACAAAAUCGGAUUUACAUAAACAAUUUUAUUUUGGAUUUACAUUUGCUGCAAAAUUUGGAAGUGACAAAAUAAAACAAAAAAAAAAACAACACAAAUCCAUCAAUCAGUGUUUUCAGCAGAGCUGUGCUGUGUUCCCUGGACAAAUUGUCCACAAUUUAAAAGCCUAGGCAGAUUUUUAUUUAUAAGAAAAUAAUUGGUGAAAUAAAAGUGAAUAUUUCCAAAACAAAUAAUUUUGUCUUAUAAAUAAAACAACAACAAAAUAAAAGAAAAACAAUAAAGUAUUCAAUAUUCACCUAAAAUUUGUCCAAAUAUUUAAACAAAAUUAAAAGAAAAAAUUAUAUAUCCUCUAACAAAAGUGAAGUGUUAAUCAAAAUGUUGAGCAUAAAAUUCCAACAAUGUCUAAUUCUACAGCUCAGUGUCUUGGCCGUCUGCCUGAGCACAUCACUAGCCUGCCAUGGCACCUUAUUGACGGCUGGUGUCACAGAGGAAGAAAAAGAAAUCAUAUUGAAAGAACACAAUAGGUUAAGGCAACAAGUAGCCACGGGACGUUAUCCCGGUCAGCCAGGUGCAGAGAAUAUGCGUGAAAUUGUGUGGGAUGAGGAAUUGGCCGAGAGAGCCCAACAAUGGGCGGAGAAUUGUCAGUUUCGUCAUGAUCCCCAUAGGACAAUAAAUCGCUUUACCAUGGGUCAGAAUUUAGCCAUAAUUUGGAGUACGGCGCCCUUGGACCCAGAAGAUGGUGAUUUCCCCUCACGCAUACAAAGUUGGUUCAAUGAAGUGCAGAAAUAUUCGUUCGGCGAUGCUUGGUCUCCCAAAACCGGUCAUUAUUCCCAGUUGGUUUGGGGUGAAACUAGUUUGGUGGGUUGCGGAUUUGCCGAGUAUAAGGACAAGUCGAAAUACAAUAAAUUAUACGUAUGCAAUUAUGGACCUGGUGGCAAUGUCGUUGGCUAUAAUCCCUAUGAAGUUGGCAAACCUUCAUGCGGUACGUAUGGCAUGAGACCCUCGAAGCGAUACAAUGGCCUGUGUGCAGCCCCCGAUCCCAGUUUGGUCACCGACAAUGCAAUCGAAACGUAUGAGUACAAAACCACUAACAGCAAUUCAUACAGUGCUUAUAACACAAACAAACAAAAUACGCAAUACGCUGCCACUACUAAAACACAAUAUAACAACCAGAAUAAUAACAAUUACAAUAAUCGUAACAAGCAAUCAUCUAAUUCCUUCAACAACAACCAACAGGCGGCGUUUGCGCAAACAACGUCAACAUCGUCGAAAAAAAGUGGGAGCUCGUUUGGCACCAAGAACUACGGCGGCUCACAGGCAUUCACCACGGAGAGUUCACAACAUACCUAUCGUAGCAAGCUCGAGUCCUACAAGCCAACACCAGAGGAAUUUAAGAGAUCCGUAUUCAAGCAUACCAUUCUUCGGACUUCAGUAGUUGAACCAGUGGAGACUCAGCAGCAACCGCAACAGCCAUCCCAACCCAGUCGUCAUGGUUGGAGCCUUUUGUCGUGGCGCGGCUAGAGGCGCAGGAACUCUUAACAUUUAAAUCAUUUGCACUCGCCAAUAACUUACUACUGUGUAGUACUGAUUUUUUUGGUCCUUUUACUAAAGGCCAAGACAUUUUAAUGUUUCUUUCUAUUCUAUUUCUACUUCGAAAUAUCUGUUCAUCAAAUUGUAAUUAUAAUUAGAAAGCUUAUACCACAUUUAUGUUAGCAAGUUUAUGCAACACCGCCAUAACCUGCAUUCGCAUUUCCCCCAGAAUCAAUCAACACUGCUUAAUAUGCCAUAAAUGAUGAUGAAAUGAAUCAUUAGUUAGAUUUAAGAUGAAACACCAAGAAGAGAAACAGGAAUCACAAACAGAAAUGCAUUUGCGGACUAAACCGUCUGACUUGGCUAAAGUAUUAAUUAUAAGUAGCACCCGUCAUGCUUAGAGCCAACAUCAUACAUAAAUAUCGAAAGUGAGAAAGAAAUCUGACAUUCUUUGCCAUCUGCUUCAUGAUUUUUAAAUUAAAUGUAUUAAAUUUAAAUAUUUAUAUUUUGUGUUUGUUUAUUUUGUUUUUAAUUUCUGUAAAUUAUAAAUGCAAGAGAAUUCAAAUAAAAUUGAACACCAACAGGA